GGCUAGCAGGCUGGCAGAGGCGCACCUUCUUGGACGUUCGCGCUUUGCUGUCGUAGCAGACGGGGCUGCAGCAGCGCUCCGAUACCGCAGGCGAGAAUGGCGUCUUCGCCGGCUCGAGAGCUCACGCAGAACCCCCUGCAGAAGAUCUGGGUACCCUACAGCAAUGGGCUUCCAGCGAAACACAGCGCGCAACGCGGCGAAAUUAGGCAGUCCUGAUUAUGUUGACUGUGCUAGUGAUGAAGCUACGGAAGACUUUAUGAAAAGAAUUGAGUGUUACAAGAAUUCAUAUGAGACGCUGGAUGAAAAUCUAGACAAGGAUCUUUCUUAUAUUAAAAUCAUGGAUGUUGGAAGGAGUUACCUUGUAAACCAUGUAAUGGAUCAUAUUCAGAGUCGGAUUGUUUACUACCUCAUGAAUAUUCAUGUAACUCCUCGUUCCAUCUACCUCUGUCGACACGGUGAAAGUGAACUAAAUCUAAAGGGAAGAAUAGGAGGAGACACGGGCUUGUCCCAUAGAGGGAAAGAGUUUGCCAAGAGCUUGGGCCAGUUCAUUAAUGACCAAAACAUCAAAGAUCUGAAAGUCUGGACAAGUCAGAUGAAGAGGACCAUUCAGACUGCUGAGGCUCUGAGAGUGCCUUAUGAACAGUGGAAAGUUUUAAAUGAAAUCGAUGCGGGAGUCUGUGAAGAAAUGACAUACGAAGAAAUUCAGGAAAAUUAUCCCUUAGAAUUUGCUUUGAGAGACCAGGAUAAAUACAGAUACAGAUAUCCUAAGGGCGAGUCCUAUGAAGAUCUUGUUCAGAGGUUAGAGCCAGUAAUUAUGGAGCUGGAAAGGCAGGAAAAUGUGCUUGUAAUCUGUCACCAAGCUGUUAUGCGUUGUUUGAUUGCUUACUUUUUGGAUAAGCCUGCAGAACAACUGCCUUAUCUCAAGUGCCCUCUGCAUACUGUCUUAAAGCUAACUCCAGUGGCUUACGGUUGCAAAGUGGAAUCUAUUUUUCUAAAUGUUGAGGCUGUAAAUACACACAGGGAUAAACCACAGAAUGUAGACAUUGUCAGACCUCCUGAGGAUGCCCUUGUAACUGUCCCUGCUCAUCUGUGAAUCCUGUUUCCUGAUCAGCUAUGAAAGAUGUGAAUGUGUGUGUGAGUCGCUCUCGAGAAGAAGCCUUGAGGACUGUACCUAAUCAUGUGUAGCUCUCUGGUCUCCCAGCACUGUCCCAGGCUGCUAUCCAAUGUCAACAUUAAGGACACUUCUCAGGGACACGAUGAUGAAAGCCUUCAAAGGAAGCAGCCAACAAGGCAGAAAAAUGCCUGAUCUCUUCUUUUAAAAUGGAUUUCAAGACAAACUGAGCAUUAAAGUAAAAAAUGUACCAAGUAUUUAAGGAACACAGGAUGAAAUUAGUUUUAAUUUAAUAUAUUUUGUCUUCAGCCUGUCAUUUUUGAUCUUGAAUGUUUAUAUGUAUAAAUUGUUAGGUCUUAUUUUGAGAUUCUUCUAGAGUUAGAAUAUUUUCUUAAGCUGGUCUUUCUGUUAAAAACAAUCCUCUGAUUAUUUUAUUCAAACUUAAUGCACAUGAAAUUUUAUGCACACCAAAAGUAUUUUAAACUUUUUCAUGUACUAGACAGGAUAUAUCAUCUCCAUCAAACUUCAUUCAAGUUUUUUUUAAUUUCAUAAUUGCUUUGGUUAAUAACACAAAAAGCUACAUGUUUAUAAUCUAUUCAAUGUUAUAAAAUGGGCUAUUAAUAUUUCCAGUUUUGGGGUGGGAUAGUAAUGCUGUAGCAGUUGGUAUUUAUAACACCAACUUUCUAAAUAAUUUUAUUAAAGGUUAUAUUUUCAUUUUA